AUGUGGGCAAGAGCUCUGCUUGCCCUCAUUUUCUUGAGCUGCAUCUUCGCUGACGAUCUGCAACAGUGCCUUCAGUGCGUUCAGCAAAAGAAGACAUGGUGUACUGAAACAAGUGUAUGUGGAGAUUCGAGCGCAUGCAAAACGUCCAUUACGUUGUCGCUGAACUGUCCACGACUCCCUGAUCCAGCUUACGCCUACAACGAGACGUUUGUUCGCUACUUACAUCACUCCCCUGGUGGCUGGUGUUUUCCCUUCGACUCCGAAAAAUGUUUAAGAUCGCAGCUCCCCCAUGUUGCCUUCUACAAGACCAUCGACGUGAAGUGCGCAACUGAAAUGCCUGAUACCAAAUGUCAUGGAUAUACAGCUUGGGAUCCUGUUGAAAAAGCGAUUAUUAUCGCCUUUCGAGGGACAGACGGCAGUUACCAAAUGACCGACGAAAUUAUGAGUUUCUUCGCAAAACGAGUACCAUUCUUCAAUAACGGUCACCUGUUCAAAUACUUCCAUGAUGCGUUCUUCUUCCUGUGGAAUGGUGGGCUUGAGCAGCAAGUGCGGACGCUCAAAUUCCAAUAUCCUAACUACAAAUUCUAUGUGACCGGCCAUUCGCUUGGUGCGUCGAUCGCUUCCAUCUGUGCCUCAUACCUAGUUAAGUGGAAUAUGACUACGCCAGAAAAUCUACGACUGGUCACAUUUGGCCAGCCUCGAACAGGCGACUACGACUUCGCCACAUGGCAUGAGGCUACGUUUCCGUACGCCUAUCGUAUCAUUCACCAUCGCGAUCCUGUACCGCACAUCCCGCCACGGCUCGGACCUGAUCAGGUGUUCCACCACCGAUUUGAGAUUUGGUAUGACAACGAUAUGGCGGUUGGACAGCCGUACACAAUCUGCAAGGAAUCGGAUGGUGACUACUGCAGUAAUACCGUCAUCAGUACAGAAGGAAAUGAUCAUAAUUCGUACUAUGAUCGAAAUCUCGGCCACUGGGCUUCUCAAGGAUGCCCAUCGUAA